AUGGGCAGCUCUCAGAUGCCGGUGUUGUGCGUGAAACGGGUGAAGCAGGAGGUGCCAGAGGACUGGGAUGAGAGCAUGCCGCUGCCCGGGGACAUCAUUGAAGGGUUCGCGCAGGAUGACAUGGAUGAGUUCGUGCCGACCAAGGCCCGGUCGGAAUUCGUCUUGCAGCUUGGCAAGAUCAGUCAGCAGGCUGAGAUUUUCUGGGUGAGGGUGAGGAGGGGAGACCGCGUGAUUAAGCUCCGGGCACGCAUAGCGCCUCUGAAGGGCUCGAUGCUCCAGAGGAAGCUCACAAUAAAAGCUGCCACGGACGAUAGACAUGUGGUGGUUCUAGGGGAUUUAAGCCUGGAACAAUGUACUGAAUUGCAAGAAAUGAGCAGGCGGGUGGUGAACGUGGACGCCGGAGGAUUCAAGAAGAAAGGAGUGAGAUAUGACUGGAAGACGAAAGUCGGGACCUACUUGCCUGACCAGCGGUCUCCGGUAGUUUGCUCCGUUCUGUUUAUGCCCCUGCCAGGUGAACACACCAUCGAGGCCACUACAACUCGGUCCAUGGCCUGGUUCUCUGCAGCAGUUUCCUCAGGAAUUCCCCUCAUCUUUGUCAACAUCCAAACCGAACAGAUCGUCACGUCGGGCAAGAAUAUCCCCACAGGAAAAGAAAUUAGUUUGGGGAAGCAACAUAACCAGACAAUGACUGUCCAAAUGGUUCAUGGGAUAAGAUUAUGGUUUUUACCGGGAAUCGCGGAGGUUUCAGUAGAACUAGUCGCCGAACCGGAAGAAACACGGUUCGGAAUGGACAUCAAACGAACCGAAGAGGGCUUCAUCUGCAUCUUCUCCGUGACCAAAGGGUCGGCAGCUGACCGCGCUGGGCUUGGAUGCAUCCAUGAGGAGGCCAAUGCCGCAGGCCACCUGCUUGCGGUCUCGAGAUUAGAAGGCAAAAGCCUACUGCCUUCAAAUGUGUGCUCUGAAGGGCUAAUACACUGCUGCGAGCGUGGCGACAUCAGGGAAGUCCUCACCGCAGCCAUCGACACGAUGGAUAGGAUCAAAAUCCACAUCAUGGGGUGGCCCAACCAAACGCGCCCUAAUGCAUCCCCACCGAUGGGCGCGGCGUUUCUCCGUCCUCCUAAUGUACAUUGUUCAACUCCUCCGUUGUUAAAAAAAUGA